CGAGAACAAUCGAGAUCACACAUUCUUCGGCCAAAUCAAGUUUAGAGUACACCAAGGUCACCCAACUUAUAAUAAUUCUGCGAAAUGUCAGAUUUUCGGCCGUCAUAUGUCGCUGUUGGUGGAAAAAAAGCAAAGCGAGCACGUAUAGGGACAUUGACAAGUGGAUUAAGCAGCAUUGAUGAAAAGAAAUUUCCACCACAACUAAAAGAGUACGUGCAAAGCUGUUAUCAGAAUUGUCCGCCUGCAAAGCGAAGUAUAGUUGAAGAAGAAUUGAAGGAAAGGAUUGAAACAGCUUUCGAAGCCGGUGCUUUACAAUCAACCGAUUGGAACGAGAUGCCGUUACCAAACGGCUGUAAUACAAAAGUCAAUCCAAAAUCCUCCAAAAAGAAAAUACAGCUGGCGGCCGGGUUACCAAAGUUCAAAACCGGUGGCAUCAUACCUAUGAAAGAAACUCAACAGGAACUGUACAAACGUGAGAGUCGUCAGCUCAGAUUUCAAACAAGCGCUUCAUCUAGUCCGCCUCCCAGGCAGUUUGCAGGAACAAAGCGUUCAGCGUCGAGCCCUGACACCAGCGGCGAAGCGAUAGUAGGGACGAGUACAGUGUUAGAAAAGCCGUACUUGCGGCUGACGUCGGCAGCAGAUCCUGCGAUGGUUCGGCCAGUUCCAAUUCUAAGGAAGACGCUAAAUUUAUUGAAGAAAAAAUGGCGAACAGAAGAGAAUUAUUCUUACAUAUGUGACCAAUUCAAAUCCAUCCGACAGGACCUUACGGUUCAACGGAUACAGACAGAAUUUACCGUUCAGGUGUACGAAAUUCACGCCCGUAUCGCGCUGGAAAAGGGCGAUCUUGGAGAGUACAAUCAGUGCCAAACGCAAUUACGAGAAUUAUAUAGGCUGGGAAUACCAGGUCGAGAAUAUGAGUUUAUUGCCUAUCGUAUUUUAUAUUUACAAUAUGCUCAGAACCAUUCUGAUAUCAACGCUCUCCUGAAGCAUUUGACACUUAUACAAAAGAAUGACCCCGCAAUUAGUCACGCAUUAAAAGUUCGCUCCUCUAUGGCUACGGGAAAUUACCAUCGUUUCUUCAAAUUAUACCUGGAUGCACCGAAUAUGGGAGGUUACCUUAUGGACAAAUUUGUCGAACGGGAACGAAUAGGGGCAUUAAAAGCCAUAUGUAAAGCGUUUAGGCCAACAGUGGAGACGGGUUAUAUUAUACAGGAAUUGGCUUUAGGAUCAUUAACAUCCCUUUGUCGGUUACUGACAGAGCAUAAAGCCAACUUUGUAUCGAGCGACGGCAAAUCCUUGGAUACCAGGUCAGCUUUGCCCGGCUUGCUGGAAAGUAGUAGUAAACAUUCUAAAGUCGACAUCAAGGGACCGUUGACGUCUUAAAUCAUGGUGGCAUGUGAUCAAAGUAUCAUGAACCGUAGUGAUAUAUCUCCAUUGUCUUCCCCCAGCAUGCAAAUAUUUAGAUUCUGGUUGUACAAAGAUACCAACAAAGUUUAUGUUAUCUGGAUGAAGUAUAGGU